AUUGUUGGUUUUAGUUUUCCAUUUUCCUGUUUACUUCCUCUUAGAAAAUAAAUUGGGGGAGAAUCAUGGCAAAGAGAACAAAGAAGGUUGGAAUUUGUGGGAAGUAUGGAACCCGAUAUGGAGCUUCCCUCAGAAAAACCAUUAAAAGAAUGGAAAUUUCCCAGCAUUCUCGAUACACAUGUCAGUUCUGUGGAAAGGAUGCCAUGAAGAGACAAGCAGUGGGGAUCUGGAGCUGCUCUCGGUGUAGGAAGACCGUAGCAGGAGGAGCCUGGGUCUACAGCACCACAGCUGCCGCAACAGUCAGAAGUGCUGUGCGUCGUCUGCGUGAAAUGAAAGAGUCGUAAAUAAAUUAUUUCCCCAUAGCAAA